GUCAAGAACGAUGAUAGCAAGCGGGUGGACGCGCACGCAAGUGCUCCUGUAUCUCGAGUAUCUCGAAGGUGCUCGUAUGGCGAAUACACGAAGGAACGAUGUCGGCGACCUCGACGUCGAUGCGAGGAUCACGAGGAUCUCCUGGCGAGACAUUCAAUAACUCCUCUCCUCGACUCGCCGUUCCUCGAGAUGCCUCAUGUAAAUGGAAGAGACCGAAGCGGGAGGACCCUAGGUCCUCCCGUCUGUAUCUCCUCCAGGAGUAGCUCGCACCGCGUUAUUCCACUUGCCGCGAGCUCGUACCUAUGAAUCCCGACGCGAGUCGAUGUCGUAUCUCCUCUCAACGUUGAGUGCUGACGUAUCGAUGUAUGCGUGAGACGACGAUGCGUUCUAUCUUCGGGUGUACGUUCUCGGCAGUGUAAGGGGAUUCGGCAGAUAUGGCCGAGGGUGGAACGGAGCCGAAGUUUAUUGACGGUCAGGUUUCGAAGGGUCAGUUAGAGAUAAACGAAUGCCUCGGUAACUGGCUGACGUACUUGCAGACACUUAAUGGCCUAUGUACAGCUGGUACUAAAUUGGCCCAAUCCCUGCAAGGGCUUCUCUCGGUUCACGACACGGUGGCACAGUGUCGUUUGACGGGUCAGUGUUUGACCGGUUGGGAGGAAUUGACGAGGGCUACGCAUGUGGCCAGCAAUACUGUCAAGAAUCACGUGAUCACUGCCCUGAGGGAUCACGAGUCUCGUGAUAAUGACGGGGACAAACAUGACAUUCUCAGAGAAAAUCUCUUGACAUUCAUAAACUUGCAAUAUCAAUUCUGCGUUGCUUGCUGCGAAUGCUUGGGUGGCAUGGCGGAAUGCUCAUGCUCGCAGAGCGGCAGUGGCGAUUGCGAUAUCGCCGCUCUUCAGCAAUGCUUCGAGCGUCUUUACAGCUCGCCGGUACCGCCCGUGUCUAUCUCGUCCACACAGCAGUCCAUGCAGAAUUAUCAGAGAUCCCCUUUGCCAUACUCGUUGUUUCCUCUGCAGGUUCAGAGGAGAUGGUCGGAAACCGCGGCGGCGGAAAUGUCGGGCGAGUCUUGCGACAACACGGUAAGACGUUGGUCGAUGCCCUGGGACUGCAGGCACGUCACAGAGUGGCCGCGUCAAGAUGCGAGGUCCCGAUUAAAGGUGCCCCAGCAGGACCGCAGCAGGUCGACCACGCCUGACUCGGCGUGGAAAACGUCCACAAUGGCUAGUCAGGACGGUCUUCAGGAAGCCAUUCAGCUGCUUUCUUGCAAGCCAGGAAUUCGACCGUCCAACCAACUCUCCGCUUACGCUAGUCAACAUAUCCCGGGCGUCACGUUGACGACUUGCAACUUUGAAUCGAAUUACGACUCCGCUAUCUGGCCAGGCUCGCGUAGAAUAGGCUCGCCCAGGUGUUGGCCGCAGGACUCCAGCGACCAUUCCGAUCAAUCCGGACAUCGCGACAGCGAUCAAAGUGUUCACAGCGGCGAGCAUAGGGACUCGGAACAGAGCGGUGGCAGCGGCAGUCAUGGCGACAGUAAAGACAGCAUUCAUUCGCACUGCGAUCAUCGGGAGACCGAAACCGGUACUACGGACACACUGCCGUCUCGCAAGAGCAGCUCGUCCACCGAUUCCUGCAUCUCGGCGCACAGCAGGUCGGGUUCGGAGAGCGCGGGUGGCGGGGAAUGUACGAGGUCGCAAUUGUACUCAAUGUGGAGCGGCGGUGAUUUAUCCUUCAUCAAGUUGCCGGAAAGUAACGAGAUACAAGACGAACAUCCACCCGCUUAAAUGUCUGCCACUCGCCUCGCGUUUUAUGCAAUCUUGAGAAAGGAAGGUGUAUCGCAUACAUGCGCGCGCGCGCGUGAUAAAAAAGGCAUGACACUUUUAUCUAAAAUGUUUUAUCUAUUCUACAUAUUAUGCAAAGAAGUUACCGAAGGGGAAAUCAAGUUUGGAUAUAUUUUGCGAUUGAGGUGAUCCAAGAGUUUUGUCGUUUUGUCGUUAUGACGCAGUUCGUUGACUCGCGUUGAUUCACGUUGAUAGUGAAUUGACCAAUUUUAUUCAUGACGUGUACAUGUUUGAUAUUUGUGAGCGCGGUAUGACGGCGCUUAGUACGUGCAUAUUGACUGUGCAACUAACGAUAAGAAAAAAAAAAAUAUAUA